CUGGAGGCAGCUCCCAAGGAACCUGGUCAUGAUGGGGAGCAGUGCCCUGCUUCUGGCAGCCCUCGCCUUGCUGUGCACCUGCGGUCUGGCCACAGGAGAGGACAACAAUGAGAUUUUCAUGGACUUCCUACAAACACUGCUGGUGGGGUCCACAGAGGAGCUCUAUGAGGGCCCCCUGGGCAAGUACAACGUCAACGCAGGCGCCAAGGCAGCUCUGGCCAAGCUCAAGUCCUGCAUAGACGGCCUGCAGCCCACGCACAAGGAGGAGAUGGUCAAGCUGCUGGUGCAAGUGCUUGGUAGUGACGAUGGUGCCUAGUGGACCCCAGACGUGGCUACAAGCAGCCGCAGGACCAGCUACACAAGCCGCCAUGGCCAUGUCACCCCCUGGCCACUGCCCACGUAUGAAUUUAUUCUGAAGCCCUUCACUUAA